UGAGCAGAGCAGAGAGCUUCAGUUGAGGGUUUCCCAUCAUCUGGUUUGUCGAGUGCGGAUAGGACACCGCCGGUGAGGCGACCCUUGUGUAUUGAUAGAGGAUUGAAAGCUUAAACCGAAUAAAACAAUAAGAUGUGGGGUGUUCUAAGGCAGAAAGUUUGUGCUGGAAGGCUUCCUGGAACGUAUAUUCGCCCAGCUGUUGCCGCAUUUAGAAAUUACUCUUCAUCAGCGAAACAGAUGACGGUCAGAGAGGCCCUGAACUCAGCACUUGACGAAGAAAUGUCAGCUGAUCAUAGAGUCUUCUUGAUGGGUGAGGAGGUUGGAGAAUAUCAGGGUGCAUACAAGAUAUCCAAGGGGCUUUUGGAGAAGUAUGGUCCAGAGAGAGUUCUUGAUACUCCAAUUACUGAGGCUGGAUUUGCUGGGAUUGGAGUUGGUGCUGCUUACUAUGGACUAAGGCCUGUUGUGGAGUUUAUGACAUUUAACUUCUCCAUGCAGGCGAUAGAUCACAUCAUCAAUUCUGCUGCAAAAUCAAAUUACAUGUCUGCUGGGCAAAUAUCUGUACCUAUUGUCUUUAGGGGUCCCAAUGGUGCUGCUGCAGGAGUCGGUGCUCAGCACUCUCAAUGCUAUGCAGCUUGGUAUGGCACUUGCCCUGGAUUGAAGGUCUUGUCACCAUAUUCAUCAGAGGAUGCCCGUGGUUUACUGAAAGCUGCUAUAAGGGAUCCGGAUCCUGUUGUUUUCCUUGAAAAUGAGUUGUUAUACGGUGAGUCAUUCCCUGUGUCAGAUGAAGCUCUUGAUUCAAGUUUUUGCCUUCCAAUUGGGAAAGCCAAGAUUGAGAGAGAAGGGAAAGAUGUGACUAUUACAGCUUUUUCAAAAAUGGUUGGCUACGCUCUCAAGGCCGCUGAGAUGUUGUCAAAGGAAGGGAUGAGUGCUGAGGUCAUAAAUUUGCGUUCAAUCCGGCCUCUUGAUAGAUCGACAAUUAAUGCAUCUGUCAGGAAAACCAACAGACUAGUAACAGUUGAAGAAGGAUUUCCUCAGCAUGGCGUUGGUGCUGAAAUCUGCACCUCUGUUAUUGAGGAGAGCUUUGGUUAUCUUGAUGCACCAGUUGAGAGAGUUGCUGGGGCUGAUGUUCCUAUGCCUUACGCAGCCAAUCUGGAGAGAAUGGCUGUCCCUCAGGUUGAGGAUAUUGUUCGAGCCGCAAAGAGAGUUUGCUACAGAUCUGUGCCCAUGGCUGCCACUGCUUAAUUUUAUUGUUCCAGUUCUGAAAUUCUUGAAAUCCUGGGGGCACACUUCCUGGAAGUCUCCUACCCUGUUGAGUUCGUUCACCUGUUUCUUGUAUUGGAGUUCGGUGGAACUCGAGAGUUUUCAUUUGAUGUGGGUUUUUGUACCCAGUUGUGCGAGUGAAAGAAAUGAAAAAGUGCUCUCUCACCACAUUUCCGAAAUGUUGGGAAUGAUGAAAUAUGGUUGAGUACGUGACAUUUAAUUCAGUCAUUACAAAUGCUUUGAUUUUAGUUAUGCAAAAAUAAAAGUUUUCAAUUUAAUCUCUUCGACAAUUGAUGAAUAAAUUAGAG